AUGCUAUAUAUACUAUUAAUUUCGCAACACUUAAACACCCUUGAGGCUAGUGCUUAUAUUCGAAUUUUUGAAACCAGGAUGAAGAUUCCGAUUGAGGCUAUUUACGCUUCGCACCUCGUAAACUUUGUCGUUAUGAUACUCUUAGUCGUUUUUUUGACGGCCUGGAUUAAACCCAACUUGAUAGAAAAAUGUCGCCUUGUUAUAAUGUUUGGCUGGGCUUGCUUUAUCAAACCCAUAUUAUACAAAUUAAGGGUGAAACCUCUGGAGCAGCAGCAGUCACUUGAAAAUUUCUAUGGUAGUCAAGCAGGUAUAUAUGACAAAACGAGAGAGGUUUUAUUGAAGGGUAGAAGAGAGUGUUUGCGUUUAGCAAUGUCUCACUUGAAUAGGAAAUCGGGCAUUGUAUGGGUCGACAUUGGAGGUGGGACUGGCUGGAAUAUUACGUAUAUGGAUUCAGUUUCUUCUAUUGCUGAAAAUUUCGAAGCUGUAUAUUUAGUGGACUUGAGCCCUUCUCUUUGUGAAGUUGCAAAACAGAGAUUUGCGGCUAAAAAUUGGACUAAUGUCCAUGUGGUGGUUGGUGAUGCAACAUCCUUUAAAAUUGACAAUCAAUUCGUCGAUCUUGUUACUUUCAGUUACUCCUUGUCUAUGAUUCCUACCUUCAACUCAGUCAUCGAUAACGCCAAUAAUAUCUUGGCAACUAAUGGAAUAGUUGGAUGCGUUGAUUUUGGUAUUCAAACUGUUGAAACGUCAAUCGGUAGGGUCAAUACAUUAGGCGGUCUUGUGAAGAGAAAUGUGCCUUGGAUAUUAAGAAAUUUUUGGAGAAUUUGGUUUGAGGCAGACAACGUAUUCUUAGAGUCCUCUAGGAGAACAUAUCUUGAGUACAAAUUUGGAACUAUUAAAUCUUUGAAUACUUAUAAUAUGAAACUAGGAAAGAUUCCAUAUUACAUUUGGAUAGGAACGCAUAAAAUGAAGCCCUUUGAUGAUCUUCAUAUGAUUAAUAGCUUGGCAACUGAAGUUAAUUCAUCUACUGACAAAAUUGGUAGCGUUCCCAUUAGUAAGGGACAUGAAGCAGCACUUGAAAAUGUGAAGAGAAACUUACCUUUUCCGUCCAUGUAUUAUCAACGAGAAAUUUGGAGAUUAUACUAUGAUGAAAUUGACCCAAGACAUGAGCAAUUCAGGAAUCAAUAUAUCUACUCUUUUACAUGGGAGGAUCCUAGAGAGGACAAUAGAAUAUUGCAAUUUUCAUCAGAAGAUACUGUUCUUGCCAUAACAUCCGCCGGUGAUAAUAUUCUUUCUUACGCAACGUUAUUGAAUGCUCCAAAGGCGAUUCAUGCUGUUGAUUUGAAUCCCUGUCAAAACCACUUAUUGGAAUUGAAGCUUGCAUCCUUCAGAAGUUUAGAUCUUAAAAGUAUUUGGUCAAUGUUUGGACGGGGAAAAGUUGAUCACUUUUCUGAAUUACUCCUUGAUAAACUAAGCCCACACAUGUCAUCAAAUGCGUUCCAAUACUGGAUACACCACGGUAAAAAAGCUUUUGAUGAGAAUGGAAACGGCUUAUAUGACACAGGAUCAACCAGGUGGGCUUUAAGGUUGGCUCGAAUUAUUUUCACUUUCUUUGGUCUAGGCGAUGCUAUAAAAGAGCUUUGCAACUGUCGAACAAUGGAGGAACAAACAAAACUUUGGAGAGAUAAAAUAAGACCGUGCUUAUUCAAUAAGCUAGUUAUAACCUUUAUGAUUGAAAAUCCUACCUUCCUAUGGAAAGCUUUGGGCGUACCUACUAAUCAGGCCGCAAUGAUUGGUGGCUCAAUGCUAAAAUAUAUUGAAGAUACUUUGGAUCCGGUUAUCGAAAGGUCUUUAAUUUCAAGCGAUAAUUACUUCUACUAUCUCACAUUAAUGGGACAAUAUUCAUUGGAUAAUUGCCCUGACUACCUUACAUCUAAAGGAUAUGAAAGAUUAACUCGAUCAAAUUCCUCUGAGAAAUGUCCUAUUGAUAACAUUAGAUUGCAUACAGAUAGUUUAAUUGAUGUCUUCUCAAGACUUCAACUGAAUUCUGUUACUAUUGCCAUAAUUAUGGAUCAUAUGGAUUGGUUUGAUGUCAAUGGACAGGAAGCAAAGAAAGAAAUUGACGCAUUAAAAAAGUGUCUAGCUCCUGGCGGAAGAGUGUUGUUGAGAAGUGCUGCCAAAUGUCCUUGGUAUCUUAAAACCUUUGAAGGUUCGGGUUUUUUUUGUCGAGCGGCAGCGAUUCGAGAGAGUGGACAAUCCAUUGACAGAACAAACAUGUACGCAUCUACAUGGGUUUGUACGAAAGGCUGA